CCUUCCUUCCCAUUUCCACAUUUACUUUGCGGAAGAAGAACCAGAGAAUUCAUCGGGAGGAACGCCAAUGAUAAGCAGUCGAUCCGUUUUAACGUCAACACUUGCAGUGGUCAUCUUAGCUAACUCACUCUCGCAAGUCAUAGCCUAUCGGAUUUCGAUCAAAACAACUCCAAUUCUCGAAUCAUGGGAAGGCUGGGGAACAUCGCUGUCAUGGUGGGCCAACGUCUUUGGAGACCGCGAAGAUAUCGCCGACGUGCUCUUCUCCAACAUGUCAUCCGUCUCAAUCGAAGGUGCAGCUAAAGACAUUCCUGCACUCAAUUUCAAUAUCGCACGCUACAACAUCGGUGGUUCAGGAAACAAUGUUAUCGACGACAGCGGGACGGAGAUUGCGAUGAAGACGUCAGAGAAGAUGUCUGCAUUCAAGGCGAUCGAGUCGUUCUGGUUGGACUGGACCAGCACUGAUCCAGCGUCGAAGAGCUGGAACUGGGACGCAGAUGCGAACCAGCGUGCCAUGCUGGAUUUGGCAUCGAAGCGUGGUGCCAAUGUUUUCGAAGCGUACUCGAACUCUCCUCCUUGGUGGAUGACAAACAACCGCGCCACCGCUGGUGGAGACGAUGGAGCAGCUGAUAAUCUAAACCCCGCGUACUUGGAGCAGUUCGCGGUGUAUUUGGCGACAGUGGUAAGCAAGGCGAAAUCAAACUGGGGUGUCGAGUUUAAGUACGUUGCACCAUUCAACGAGGCAAACAGCAAGGCCUGGGCAUUUCCGGAAUCGCAGGAAGCCUGUCACUUGGGGGUCAAGACGCAGAGCGACAUUUUGAAGGUGUUGCGGACGCAGUUGGAUAAGCUUAACCUCCAGAAUGUGCUCAUUGCUGGAGCUGAAGAAAAGAAUCCUGAGGAAGCUCUCCACGUAGUUGUACAAAUGACACAGAGCGAGUAUCCCGGUAUUGAUGCCAUUGCCAAGGUAAACGCGCAUUGCUCCGACGGUGUGGCUCCAUAUGCCGGCGACGACCGCGACAAGUUGAAAGGAAUGGUUUCUUCGCUGACUAAGCGUCCGUCGCUAUGGGACUCUAUGUAUGCCGACGAGGAUGCGAGUGGGCUCACCAUGGCUGAUGCCAUCGCUAGAGACAUCAACGAAAUGGGUGCUUCAGCGUUCGUUUACAAGCAAGCGCUUGAUAGUGGAGUGCUGGGACUCAUUCAGUCGAACCCGGGAGACAAUUGGAUCGGCAGUGCAAACCCAAAGCACUACGUGAUGGCCCACUACUCUCGCCACAUUCACGCUGGCAUGAGCAUCUUGAAGUUCGAUGAUCCAAACACUUUGCUUCCUGGAUCAUCCUCGUAUGCUUUGGACAAGUAUCCGAACUUCGUUGUUGCAUACGACGAAAACACCCAAGUGAUGGUGAUCGUGGCGACGAACUUCGGAGACGCUCAAACUGUCACAUUCGACUUGUCUGCUCUGGAAUAUGUUGAUGGACCGAUAAAUACUUGGACAACGGAGCCAAACUCUACCACUGGAGCUGUGUACAAAACCUCGAGCAUCGACAUUCUCUUUGGCCAAAGUGCCAGGUUCUCCGCGGAUCUACUAGCACAAUCGAUUACGACGCUCGAGAUCCUAGGCGCUGAAUUGACAAACACAGUCACUGUGUAGGUGCCACACGUGCUCAAUUGAACGUAUUUCGGACAAGGUUGUCAACUCACAGGUGACUAUUGCCUUGCCUAGUUAGUUACCUGGUAGAUACAUGGUCCAACUUUACAGAAUAUACAUCAAUUGCACUAAUCAAAA